CUGCUCCACAUCGAGCCAGUAGUAGAGUCGUCGUCGGCGGAGCUAGAGAGAGGAGCGCCGGAGUAAAGUACACACCGACAUGAACUUCUCCCUCUAACUUCAGCCUCCAGAAACCCGGGAGAGGACCUCUUUCCUUCGCCGCCUUUCUUUCCGACGGAGCGUGGUGUUUGUUUUUUUGGUUUCAUUCACGGAAAAUAACCCACCCCCGGAGAGGAAGACAUUUUGGGGUUGUUGUUUUUUUUUUUUUUUUUCCCUCCCGUUUCGAACGGUCGACGACGAGCGAGAUGUCGUCCGCGGCGGUCGCUGCUUCUUCCAGGAGGCAGUCGUGUUAUUUGUGCGACCUGCCCCGCAUGCCCUGGGCCAUGAUUUGGGAUUUUACCGAGCCCGUCUGCAGGGGAUGUGUCAACUACGAAGGAGCGGACCGCAUCGAGUUCGUCAUCGAGACGGCCCGGCAGCUCAAGCGGGCUCACGGCUUCCAGGAGGGGCGCUCUCCCGGGCCGGGGAAGGCGGCGCAGCAGCUCUCCGGGAAGGACAUCCACGCCGCGGCGGGCGACCCGGGCUCCCGGCCGCCGCAGCCGCUGGACCGCUACCCGCUGUCCUCCGACCGCCCGCCCAGGCUGGGUCCAGAGUACCAGUCUAGCAGGCAGGCGAACGGUAUCCCGGUCCCGAACGGAUUUCCUAAACCCGAUGAGCCGCCAGAGCUGAACCGUCAGAGCCCGAACCCGCGCAGGAAUAUCUCGGGCCCCAACCUCAUGCCUUUGGUGGUUAACGGGAACUUGCCGGUGCACGUGAACGGGAGACCGGGCCAGAUCAUGGGGCUCCCCUCCGGCAGUCCCGCCGACCUGGGCAAGAGACCCGCCUCGGUGUCCAGCACCGAGCACGACAGGGAGGCGAAGGAGAAGCACAGACCGGACAGCCUGACCCCGGAGAUCCCGGAGAGCCACAAGAACCGGGCGGAGCAGGAGUGGAGCAAAGGCAAGACGGUGCGGGACCUGAUGGCGCUGCACACGUUCGACAGCAGGUUCAAGAAGGACCAUGCGGCCAUGCAGCAACGGGUCAUGGGCUACGAGAGCAGCGCCACGGCUUCCAAGUCAGACCGAGGAAAACACCCCCGCAUGAAGAGAAAAGCCUCGCCUGAACCCGAGGGAGAGGGCACCGCCGCCAAGCUCAACGGGGAGGGACAGCAGUGGUUACCGCCACCCAACGAAGGACUCAAAAUGCCUCCGGUGCCCCCGCCGAGCUUCGCCUCCCCCCCUUCCACAAUAUCCCCCCACCCACGCACCACCCCGCCUGAGGCAGCCCAGAACGGCCAGUCCCCCAUGGCGGCGCUCAUCAUGGCGGCGGACAACGCAGGUGGAAACAGCUCCCCCAAGGACGGCAACCAGGUGCACUCCACCACCCGGAGGAACAGCAGCAGCCCGCUGUCGCCGUCCUCCAUGAACCAGAGGCGGCUGGCGCAGAGGGAGGCGUCCGGCGCAGGCACCCCGCAGGUGCAGGGCAUGGACCAGGUGCACCCCCCCAGCAUUCCGGACUCCUCGGUGCCGGGCAGCAUACCUCUGUGCUGCACGCUGUGCCACGAGCGUUUGGAGGACACGCACUUUGUUCAGUGCCCGUCCGUGCCCUCUCACAAGUUCUGCUUCCCGUGCUCGAGGGAAAGCAUAAAGCAGCAAGGCGCCACGGGCGAGGUGUACUGUCCGAGCGGAGAGAAGUGCCCCCUGGUCGGCUCGAACGUACCGUGGGCCUUCAUGCAGGGGGAGAUCGCCACCAUCCUCGCAGGAGACGUCAAAGUAAAAAAGGAGAGGGAUCCUUGAUUUUGUCUGAACACUUCCUCGGGGAGGGGAGUCCCAAAAAAAAACAAGUAUAAAUAUAUAAAUAUCACAUACAUACCAUUCAAAACAAACUAACAGACUUGUACAUAUUGGACCCAAGGGAAGAGUAUACUUCGUAAACAUGGUUGUAUAAUUUUUGAUUUUUGAAUACAUUGUGUUUCUAUAUUUUUGAAGAUAAAGGUAUGUACUCAUCAUAACGAACGACGUUCCCCUUUGUUGAUGUUUAACAAAAAAUCUCGAUGUACUUCUAGGUCUGGUGGCAGUUCCUGUUUAACGUAGAAUGUGACUAAUGCUACUCUACGAGCACUUGGCAAAACUAAAAAUGCUUUUAGCUGUACUUGUAUGCACUUGUUUAAAAAAAAAAAAAAAAAUUGCCAAAUACAAUUUCUGAUCUUGUAUGAA